CUUUAUCGACGACUAUCAGAAGUUCUGGGUCUGAACGACGAGACCAUGGUACUCAGUGUCUUUAUAGGGAAGAUCAUCACAAACUUGAAGUACUGGGGCCAGUGUGAGCCAAUCACCUCCAAGACACUCCAACUACUGAACGACCUCUCCUUAGGGUACAGCAGCGUGAGGAAGCUGGUGAAACUCAGCGCCGUGCAGUUCAUGUUGAACAACCACACUAGUGAACACUUCUCCUUCCUCGGGGUGAACAACCAAUCCAACCUGAGCGACAUGAGGUGUCGGACCACCUUCUACACGGCUCUGGGACGCCUGCUAAUGGUGGACCUAG